AUGACUGAAUCUUUAUUCGAUACUAAUUUCUCAGAACCAACUGAAAAAGAUCAAUCAGCUUCCACCACUGAAUCAACCACCACUGAAUCAGCUCCUGCCGCCGCCGCUACUUCUACUUCCACCACUGAAGAAUCAUCUGAUGUUAAAGAAUCAUCCAAUGAUGAAUCAAACCAAACUCAUGAUGAAUCAUCAGGUGAAAUCUCAACCACCACUUUACCAUCUUUACAUGAUAAAUCAAAAGCUUCAACUUUAAUAAACUUUAGAGUUUUGGUAUCUGCCAAAGAAUCCGGUUGUUUAAUUGGUCAAAAUGGUAAAGUUAUUGAUUCCAUUAGAGCUGAAACUAAUACUAAAGCUGGUAUUUCAAGAUUAUUACCUGGUUCUCAUGAAAGAAUUUUAACUGUAAGUGGUACUUUAGAUGAUUGUUCAAAAGCUUUAAGUUUUUUCGCUCAAGCUUUAUGUGAUUCAACUAUUGAAAAUUAUAAUUAUUUCCCUUUAAAACAAUUAAGUUCAACUCCAUGUAUUGAACAUGAAUCAACUAUUUUAAGAUUAUUAAUUCCAAAUAGUCAAAUGGGGACUUUAAUUGGUUCAAAAGGGUUAAGAAUUCAACAAAUUCAAUCAAAUUAUAAUAUAUCCAUGAUUGCUUCAAAAUCUUUCUUACCUGGUUCAAAUGAAAGAUUAGUUGAAUUACAAGGUACCGUAAAUAAUUUAUAUGAUUCUUUAAGAAUUAUUUCAAGAUGUUUAAUUGAAGAUUUUUCUUCAAUGACUGGCACUAAUUAUUAUAUUCCAAGAGGUCAUUCUAAUACUAGUAGUGGAAGUAACUACUCUUCUAAUGGUGGUUCUAAUAAUGGUAAUGGUACUAGUAAUAGACAUUCCAAUGGAUCAACUUCCUUAUCAUCAUCAACUUCCAACAAUAGUAAUAAUAAUAAUAAUAAUAAUAGUAAUAGCACUCAUAAUAGUAAUAAUAAUAAUAAUAAUAAUAAUAAUGGAAAGAGACCUCAUCUUACUACUACUUCAAUUAGUUUCCCAAAUGAUAUAGUUGGAGCUUUAAUUGGUAAAAAUGGUUCAAGAAUUCAAGGAGUUCGUAAAGUUAGUGGUGCAACUAUUGGAAUUAGCGAAGAAGUUGAAGGUAAAGGAGAAAGAAUCUUUACUAUUGCUGGAACUUCUCAUGCUGUUGAAAAAGCUAAAGAAUUAUUAUAUCAUAAUUUAGAAAGAGAAGAACAAAGAAGAAAUGAAACUGGUGAAAAGUAAUCAUCUUUUCUCAUCCUUCCAACUCAAUUUAUAUAUAUAUAUUUUUAUUCUUUGUUAAUUAUUAUUUCUGUUGUUGAAUCUUGUUAUUAUUUUAUUGCUUUCAACUUGUCUUGUCUAAUGCCCCAAAUGAUACUUGUUUAGUUUUUUAUCAAAUCCUUUUAUAGUUUGUUUUUAUCUUUUAUUACUCUCUUUUUAUAUCUCUCCUCUAAAUAUGUUGUUUUAUUACAGUAUUAGUAUUAUUAUUAUAAUCUUUUUU